AUGAGUUCAUGUGAACUCGAAACGUCGAAAGAAAAUAAAUUUAUUGAAAUCGCUGUAAAAACAACUUCUACUAAUUCAUCCUUGACCAUUUCUCGAUAUAAUUUUGUAACCUAUCUCCGGCGGUAUUAUGACCACUCAGUUCUUCCACUAUUUCGAUCUUUUAUUGAUCAAAACCUUUGUCUUAUGAAAUUAGAACUUGAUUUACAGUUUCUUAAAACAUGCAGAGCUGAAAAUCUUAAACCGAAAUUCACGCAUAUCAAAGUUGCUUCCGCACAUUUCAAAUCAUCUGAAUCUCAUACAAAAUGUCAACAACUUAUAAUUAAAUCAGUAGUCAAAUUAAAGAAAAACUGCGUGAGUCAUAUACACAGAUUUGUUAAAAGAUUAAAACAAAAUUUAAAACAAGCUGUUAAUCCAUCUGAUUUUCAAUCAUUGUCGGCUAUCACACAAUCUAUACAAAACGAUAACAGACUACCUUGGCAUACGAGACAUGCAAAGAAAUUUGAUUUGUUACGCCAACAGAGACAAGAGCAGACUCGGCAACAACAGCUAUUUAACCAUAAUGUAGUUAUUAAUCUUUCAUCAAAAAAUCUAACAAAAAAUCAGUACGAUACACUUGCUUUCGGUUUACAAUAUGUAUUUCCGCCAACCUCUAUAGAUCAUAUUCAAUUAAUAGCCGACAUCGAACUUCUCUAUGCAAGAUUAUGCAAAAUUCAACCCCAAUGUGAUGAAUGGAAAAAAAUUAUCAACAGCUUCAAUCUGCAGCAAUUUCGAGCGUUAUGUGAUAAUUUCAGACAUCAUACUACAAAAAAUCUCAAAAAACCAGACAACAACAUUCGAAAAUAUAUUGCUGCACUAAAAACAUUAGCAAAUGACCAUACAAUAGUGAUUACCAAACCAGAUAAAUCUAAAGGAGUUGUUACCAUGGACAAGGUCGACUAUAUUAACAAAAUGAACGAUAUACUAUCCGAUUCAACAAAAUUCAAAAAAUUAGAUCAUGAUCCCACAAUACAAAAAGAAGAUACAUUAACACGUUACUUAUUAAAGCUACAUAAAGAAGGAUUAAUCAGUGAAUCCGAUUACAAAGCAGCAAGACUAUGUGGUUCACGUCCAGCUCGACUAUACGGCUUACCGAAAACACACAAGCCAAAUCUACCAUUGAGACCCAUCAUGUCCUUCAUCAAAACCUUCAAUUAUAAGCUAUCCAAAUGGCUAGCUGAACUUCUACAACCUCUUCGUAAAAGUUCUUGUACCAUUAAAGACACGUUUGAUUUUAUCAAAUUAACAAAAACAUAUAAUACACAAUAUUCAGAAAAACAAAUGGUAUCAUUCGACAUACAAAAUCUUUAUACGCAAAUACCAAUAGCACAAACAAUACAAAUUAUUCUCAACAAAAUGUAUCCACAUAUAACACAAAACCACCAAUGUAAAAAACAAAUGCAUAGUACUAAACAUCUUUGCGCUAACUGUCUGAAUCGAGAAACACUAAAAAAAUUAUUAGAGAUGGCUACAACACAGUCACAUUUUCUGUUCAAUAAUCAAUUAUACGAACAAAUUGACGGCCUUUUUAUGGGCUCACCACUGGCUGCUAUAAUGGCUGAUAUUUAUAUGUCACAUUUUGAAGAAGUUAACAUGUCAGAGUCUGACAGCUUUUCAACGUUUCCCCAGCGCAUUUACGAUUUAAUGUGCUUUCAUCGAGGGAAUAGUAUUUCUUAA